AUGCCGCAUUCGACGUCUUCCGCGUCGGAGCGGCGCGACCACUCGCAGAACCGUUCCAAGGGCCACCGAGACGCAAGCGUUGACUCCCGCGAAGCCACCACCGAGAAGUUCCCCGACUUCGACUCGUCCUCCGGCUUCUACACCUCCGGCUCCGGCCCUGCCCUCGCCCAAGCGCGCCCCGGCAGCAGGCAGAAUGGCUACUCAAACGGCAGCUCGGCACUGUCCAGCGGCGAGCGAUGGACCCCUAGGAAAGACAGUUCAGCGCGGGGUGUCAAGUGGGGUGCCACGGGCACACCGGCGCGCGGCCACGGCCGACAAAAGAGCAUCACCGAAGCUGUUAGGAAUAUUCGGGCUCGAGGCGGCAGUGUCAGCCAGAACGCCCACGAGAUCGCCGGCGCCCUUAAGGCCCCUGUCUCUCCGAGACUCAUCAUUCUGUGCAUCAUGUGGUACGCGUCAUCUGCGCUCACCAAUACUUCGGCCAAAUCCAUCCUCAACGCCUUCGCCAAACCCGCUACCUUGACCAUGAUCCAGUUCCUUUUCGUAUCCGCUUACUGCCUGCUGUUCUCAUGGCUCGCGGCUUCGUCCUCAACAGUCAGGUCAGCCGUGCCGGCAUUGAAGUAUGGCAUCCGCCCGCCGAGCAUGGAUGUCAUCCGCUCAACCAUGCCGUUGGCCCUCUUCCAGAUAGGAGGCCAUCUGUUGAGCUCCAACGCGACCACGCUGAUACCCGUGUCCCUUGUCCAUACAAUCAAGGGGCUUUCGCCUCUGUUCACCGUCCUGGCUUACCGCUUCAUCUACGACAUCAGGUACCCGUCCGCCACCUACCUGUCAUUGAUUCCCCUCACCGCCGGCGUCAUGCUUGCAUGCUCUGGGAAACACUCCAACUUCGGCGGACAGAUCCUUGGAAUCGUCUAUGCGCUCCUGGCCACCCUCAUCUUCGUGACCCAGAACAUAUUCUCCAAACGUCUCUUCAACGAGGCCGCCCGGGCCGAGGCCGAGGGGCUGACAGCAACGACACGAAAGCUCGACAAGUUGAACCUCUUGUGCUACUCCUCCGGCCUUGCCUUUGUCUUGACCGCGCCAAUCUGGUUCUGGAGCGAAGGGAUCGGCAUCAUCGGCGACUUCCUCCAUGACGGCGCUGUCGAUCUCGAGGAGGGACCCAACACUUUCGACCAUGGCCGCCUGUUCGUUGAGUACGUCUUCAAUGGCACCUUCCAUUUCGGCCAGAACAUACUGGCCUUCGUCCUCCUCUCGAUGGUGUCACCUGUGACAUACUCGGUCGCGAGUCUCCUCAAGCGAGUGUUUGUCAUUGUCAUUGCCAUCCUAUGGUUUCGGAGCCCGACAACUACGCUCCAGGCUGUGGGCAUCGCGCUCACCUUCUUUGGCCUCUACCUCUACGACAGGAGCAGCGAGAAGAACAAGGCGGACCGCAGGGCCCGCAAUAUGACCGAAAGCAAGGUGACCCCCUUGUUACCUCUCAACACGGCAGAUGGGCUGCGAGUGAGCCAGCCCGCCACCGUCUUCGAGAGCCCUGUGUCUAUCACACCAAACCCUACCGCGCAUCCCUACACAAACGGCUAUUCCUACAGCAAUGGUAACAGUGACGACAGUAAGAAGUCGGAUGACCCUGGCACUGCACGGACAAGAGCCCAGAGCAACGCGCAGUGGUUGCCGCCGGGAACGAGGCAGGAAGAGACUUGGCGGCUGGGUGAUCAGGAUACUCGUCGCCCGGCGUGA